GCGGAGCGUGGCGGCUGGCGCUCGUCCCCUCCCCCCAGCCCCGGGUGUCCCUGUGACGAGGCAGCGCGGAGCCGCCGCGGGCCGGGCCCAUCCCGCCGCAGCGGGCCCGGGGCCGAGGGGGCCCGGAGCGCGGCCAGAAUGGUGCUAGAAGGAAACCCGGAAGUGGGGUCCCCCCGAACCUCUGACCUCCAGCACCCCGGGAACAAGGGCUCUUGCGUCCUCUCUUCCGGUGAAGGUGCACAGCCCGACGAGGAGCCCAUCAAGUAUGGCGAACUCAUCGUCCUGGGAUGCUGUGAGGAAGGAGGUGAGGAAACGGAGGCUGGCCCGAGGGCACGCGGCUGCUACAACGGGUGUCUGGCCAGCGGGGACAAGGGCCGCCGGCGAAGUCGCCUGGCCCUGAGUCGCCGGCCGCACGCCAACGGGGUGAAGCCAGACGUCAUGCACCACAUCUCCACACCGCUCGUCUCCAAGGCACUGAGUAACCGAGGCCAGCACAGCAUCUCGUACACGCUGUCCCGGAGCCACUCGGUCAUAGUGGAGUACACACACGACAGCGACACAGACAUGUUCCAGAUCGGCCGCUCCACGGAGAACAUGAUCGACUUUGUGGUCACGGACACGUCCCCGGGGGGAGGGGCUGCCGAGGGCCCCUCCGCCCAGAGCACCAUCUCCCGCUACGCCUGCCGGAUCCUCUGUGCCCGCCGGCCGCCCUACACUGCCCGCAUCUACGCCGCUGGCUUCGACGCCUCCAGCAACAUCUUUCUUGGAGAGCGGGCGGCCAAAUGGCGGACCCCCGACGGCCUGAUGGACGGCCUGACCACCAACGGCGUCCUGGUGAUGCACCCAGCAGGCGGCUUCUCCGAGGACUCGGCCCCGGGUGUCUGGCGGGAGAUCUCAGUGUGCGGGAAUGUGUACACGCUGCGGGACAGCCGCUCAGCCCAGCAGCGGGGGAAGCUGGUGGAAGACGAGUCCAACGUGCUUCAGGACGGCUCGCUCAUCGACCUGUGCGGGGCCACGCUGCUGUGGCGCACGCCGGCGGGGCUGCUGCGGGCACCCACGCUGAAGCAGCUGGAAGCCCAGCGGCAGGAGGCAAACGCGGCCCGGCCCCAGUGCCCCGUGGGCCUCAGCACCCUGGCCUUCCCCAGCCCGGCCCGUGGCCGCACUGCACCUGACAAGCAACAGCCCUGGGUCUACGUCCGCUGCGGCCACGUCCACGGCUACCACGGUUGGGGAUGCCGGCGGGAGCGGGGUCCCCAGGAACGGGAGUGUCCUCUCUGCCGUCUCGUGGGGCCGUACGUGCCCCUGUGGCUCGGCCAGGAGGCUGGCCUCUGCCUGGACCCCGGGCCGCCCAGCCACGCCUUUGCGCCCUGCGGCCACGUCUGCUCUGAGAAGACUGCCCGCUACUGGGCCCAGACACCACUGCCCCAUGGCACCCACGCUUUCCACGCUGCCUGUCCCUUUUGCGGGGCCUGGCUCACCGGCGAGCAUGGCUGCGUCCGCCUCAUAUUCCAAGGCCCGCUGGACUAGGCUCCCUGGGGCCCCCGCCGCUGUGCCCGCUACCCACCCAGGUUCCCCUAGCCCUUGCAGCCCAGAGGAGCUCUGCAUGUGGGACUCUUGCCUGCUGGCCCGUGGCCACACGGAUGGACGCGUCGGAUGGGCUGUGCCCUCCCCUCUUAACUCUGGGCCCCUGAGGGACUCCCAGGAUCUCCACCCCGGUCAUACUGAUGGGACCUGCAGCACCAGCUCUGUCCAGGGCUGCUGGGGGAAAGCCCAGCCCUAUGCCCUGCCCUUCCUGGGCCAUCCCGCAUCUCACCGCCUACACUGUGCCCCUGGGGGAGUGAAGGAGCCCUGGCCCCUGACCCUCAGCUUAGACUGGCCGCGCUCUGAGCCUGCCAACCUGAUUCCAGAUAGUCAUCCUCUCGCUGCCCCUGGGCCCCUUGACGCCUCGCUGCUCUGUUGCCCUCCCAAGCCCACGUGUCCCGCAUGCGUGCAGCGCUCCAGCCCCUGAGCACGGGAUGGUGCGGGCAGCUGGUACCCGCAUUUGCUGCUGCCUACCUUGGGCUGGACUGCGUGCCAGGUGGGCUCUAGGCACACAGACCGUGAGACCUGGGCUCCCUGCCUGGCGGAGCCCAGUCCAGCAGAGGACAGACCAGAGUAGCCAAUGGCAGCACAACUACAGGCGUGCGAGGAUCAGAGGAUGAGAGGCUGCCGGCAAUCCGAGCUGGGUGGGAAAGUGAGCUAGGCUUCCCGGAGGAGGAGGCACGGGGGCUCAGCCCAGACGAAAGGGAGGGUCUGGGCACAGCUGGCAGGUGGGGGCUGUGCUGACCUGGGGAGAUGCUGUCUGGAGGCUGCUGGCCUCUUGUGGACAGACAGCUAGGAGUCAACCAAGAGGGGAGACUGGAUUUGCGAUUCCGGAGCAUCGGCUGUGACACAAGGGCUACCAUUUCCGAACACCUGCCACGAGCCCUGCCCUGUGCUAAUGACAAUAAUAACUGUUGGCUGAGACUCACCAAGCACCAGGCUCUGCUUCUCCGGGGGGUGUAAUUUCACACAGCAGCCCAGGGCGGAAGGUUCGGGUUUGGGUUUACAGGGAGAUGGUGGAAGUGGCCAAGGCAGGACGCCAACGCACAGCAGAGCCAGCCCCUUUGCUUCAGCCGGGACAGCACUGAACUGGGUAGGGUUUUGGAGGUGGUUCCCUCAAAAGGCCAGGUUCAUGGCCCAAAGAGGGACCUGCACCUGCUAGUGCUGGGAGCUGACCACCACCCACUGCAGGCCACCUGCACCCCAGGCCAGGGUGUUUUGAGGAGUGAAAACGAGGGACCCCUGAGGAGACAGGUCGCAUCUGCUGCCCUAGCCAUGUAUUGAAUGGCAGAUUUUUUUUUGACAGGCAGAGUUAGUGAGAGACAGAGAGACAGAGAGAAAGGUCUUCCUUCUGUUGGUUUACCCCCAAGUGGCCACUACGGCUGGCGCGCUGCACUGAUCCGAAGCCAGGAGCCAGGUGCUUCUCCUGGUCUCCCAUGGGGUGCAGGGCCCAAGCACUUGGGCCAUCCUCCACUGCAUUCCCGGGCCAUAGCAGAGAGCUAGUCUGGAAGAGGGGCAACCGGGACAGAAUCCGGUGCCCCGACCAGGACUAGAACCCGAGGUGCCGGCGCCACAGGUGGAGGAUUAGCCUAGUGAGCCGCGGCGCCAGCCUGAAUGGCAGAUUCUGUCCAGAGCCGGGGUGAAGUUCUGGUCGGUGGCACCGUUGAGGGGAACGACAUGGACUGGCAGGGAAAAUGGCCUGGCAGCCAACGAGCUCAGUGUGCAGGGGCAGAGGAGAGGAGUGGAGCGGCUGGGGCCGGGUGGACGUUGUUUCCAGGGAGGCCAAGCCUGGACUGACCCGAGUUCAUCCUGGCUGCAGGUCAUCACCCCUGAUGGGCCGAGGGCGAAGCUGGGGUCUUGCUGGGGUUGCCCCAACUAUUCCUGGGGUGUGAGUCAGGCAGACAGGUACUCUGGAGACAUGAAAAGACAGAACAAGCUGACCUGAGCGCCACCCUGCUGAGGGACGGAUCCAGAAGCAUAGGCAGUGCCUGUCCUAGGGGAAGGACCUGCCCACGACCACACAGCUGAUUGGGGCUCCAGGGACCAGACCUGGGCGUUGGAGGGGACAGAGGGUACCUGCAUCUGGUCAGAGGAGAUGUGAUUGGUUAGAGCCCUGCUUCCCUGCGGCAGGGUGGGGGCGGGGAGCGUUUCAACUCCUCCCUCCCACCCCAUACACAAAGCACCAGAACCCCAGCUCUCCCCGAUUCUGUCCUCUGACCCUGCUGGGAACCAGGCAUGGGAAUGCUCUGAUCCCAUGUCCAGCAGGGACCCGCAGAGUGUGGGAGGAGAGACCUGCAGAGUGUGGGAGGAGAGACCUGCAGAGGGCUACCCUGGGCCCUGGGAGAGGACGGGGAGGGGUUGGUGCAGGGGUUAGGAGGUCCUGCUCUUGGUCCAGCCUGCCUGUUCCCAGGUGGUGAGCGCAGUAACAGUCCCUACCUCAUGAGAUGGCUGCACGCGCCUGCAGGGCACCUGUAACAAUAGACACACAAUGCUGGUUC